GAUAUAAAUUACAUGCACUGCUCCAUAAAAUUUUUGGCAGUGGAAGAGUGAGAGAAACAAAAAGGCAUUAAAGACAAAAAAAUGCCGACUUCAGAUUCGUUUCUGCGGCAGCUUAGCAGCAAAGAGGGGUGGGAGUCCGCAUCCAGGCGGUGGAGCGUCGGUGGCCGCCAGAGCUUCGACGCCGCCGGCGAUUGGAAGCAGCAGGUGGAGAAUGGGAUGAAGAAGAGAGUAAUGGUGGUGGUGGAUCAAUCCCCACACACUAAACACGCAAUGAUGUGGGCCCUCUCCCACAUCGCCAACAAGGGCGACAUUCUCACUCUCCUCCACAUUGUUUCUCACUCCUCUUCUUCUUCUCACUACCUUCCCACCUCCCUCGCCUCUCUCUGCAAGGCCUGCAAGCCUGAGGUUGAAGUGGAAGCAUUAGUGAUCCAGGGGCCAAAAAUUAGUACUGUAAUAAGCCAGGUGAAGAAGCUUGAGGUUUCUGUUUUAGUCCUAGGCCAGAAGCAGCCAUCUUCUUUGCUCAGCUGCCUGUGUUUGAAUAGCAGCUCAGAGGAUUUUGUGGAGGAAUGCAUCCAAAGUUUGGAGUGCUUGACAAUAGGAGUGAGGAAGCAGAGCAAAACAGUAGGUGGAUACCUCAUCAGCACAAGAUGGCACAAGAAUUUCUGGCUUCUUGCUUAGGAAAUAGUAGUAUGCUGCUACAUAUAAAUUUAUGUAAUGUAGAAAAUAAUGUCUCUUCCAUUCUGUGAUUUUAACUUGGGACAGGAACAGCUACUUCUUCUCUACAUGUCUGUUUAUUUAUCAGUUUGCUGAGUUGUGAAACAGUGAAAACCAUGUACAAAUUUCUUGCACAAGAGUGUGUGAUAAUCUACUCCAUUCUCCAUUA